ACAUUUAAAAAUAACCUCAAAUCAAAGUUUCCUUGUUUUACAAACAACCAACACAAAAAAUUACCAUCUUUUACCGCUAUCAAUAACUUUUACAUUGAUUUUAAUUCGUAAGUAUGUCUGUUACGUUGCAUACUGAUGUUGGUGAUAUAAAGAUCGAACUAUUCUGCGAACAGUGCCCAAGAACAUGUGAAAAUUUUCUAGCACUUUGUGCAAGCGAUUAUUACAAUGGUUGUUUAUUUCAUCGAAACAUAAAGGGAUUUAUAGUUCAAACUGGUGAUCCCUCAGGAACAGGCAAAGGAGGUACUUCUAUCUGGGGCAAAAAAUUUGAAGAUGAAUUCAGAGAAGAUUUAAAGCACAAUGCAAGAGGGAUGGUGAGCAUGGCAAACAAUGGUCCAAAUACAAAUGGCAGUCAGUUUUUCAUCACCUACGGGGAGCAACCGCAUUUAGACUUGAAAUACACAUUGUUUGGAAGGGUUUUAGAUGGAUUCGAAGCUCUUGAUGACUUAGAGAAGAUGGCAGUGAACCCAAAAACAUAUAAGCCCCUUAAUGACGCCAAAAUCUCAUCAGUGACUAUACAUGCAAAUCCCUUGGCUGGUUAAAUGAUCUAUGUGGCGUGUAAUUUUAUUUAUUAUUUACUACAUUAAAGUAUAUAAAUGAGUACUAAUUCGAU